UCAGAGGUGACAAACGACGUGGCCUGUGAGGAUUCGCUCAUGAUCGGCCUCGAGGGAGCCCUCCUGGGGUGUGCUUAUAAUGCAUUAUCCUGUCGGUCAUGUGGCUCGGUCGUGGGCUUCGUUCUUUACUCUGCCUCCAGUGACCUGGCGUAUCUCCGAGGCUUGUUCUGUUUCUUCAAAGACAGCAUCCUCUGUUAUCUCUUAAAAAAACAAAUUAUAAUAGAAGCUUCUAAGGUGAAUUUUCCUGCUGUGACCUUAAAGAAACAACUGCAGGAACUGAAAGAAAAGCUUGUGGAGGUCCACAUUCGCAUAGAAUUGCUGAUGAAGAAGCUGGAGGAACUGGAACAAAAAAAUGAUGUGGCAGAAGGCAAAGCUCUGCAUCAGAUACAGUUGGCUUACCACCAGGAUAUGCAAUAG